AUGACCUCAUAUACAUCAGCUUUCCCAGCAUUACAUUCUAUACCAGUACCACCUGCUUUUUAUAGUAUCGCCAAAAAAGUCUAUCAUAAGGAUUCGCCAUCCAACUGGCCAUCUUCCUCCCUUUCAACAAAUCCUAUUUAUCAAUCACUUGCACCACCAAAGUAUCCAAAAUAUCUUAAACAGACUUCCUAUGCCAACUUGGUCUAUGAACAAUAUGAACAUUCUAAUCAACCAAAAGGACGAUCUUCAGCUUCUUCUUCUACUGCCGAAUGGGAUGAUCUUGAACUUCGAUUACCAACAGCUUGGAAUUGGAAAGAUAAAGCAAAACAUGUCGAAGUAGAUAGUCAUGGUCUUCAAUUGAAAUAUGCUGGCCCUGGGAAAACCGAAGCUCAUGCUGGUUCUAUUCGAAGCAACUUUCCCAUGCCACCUCAAUGUGGAAUUUUUUAUUUUGAAAUGCAAGUCAUAUCAAAAGGAGAUGAUGGUUAUAUUGGAAUCGGUUUCUGUACAAAGGAUAAUGAUUUGGAAAGAUUACCAGGUUGGGAUACUAAUUCAUUUGGCUAUCAUGGUGACGAUGGACAUGGAUUUGCUGGUAGUGGUGUUGGAAAAACAUAUGGACCAAGUUUUACCACUGGCGACGUGAUUGGAUGUGGAGUUAACUUUAGUGAUGCAACCGCGUUUUAUACAAAGAAUGGUAUGUUGAUUGGAACUGCCUUUUCUUCCAUUGAUUUGACAAAAAAAUAUUAUCCUGUUAUUGGACUACGUACUCCUGGAGAACAUGUGGCCACCAAUUUUGGUGAUGAAGAUUUUAUGUUUGACAUUGAACUUUAUAUCAAGGAAAAAGCAGGACUCUUUUGGAAAGAUAUAUUACAACAAGAAGAAUCACAACAAAACACGUUGUCUGAAACUAAAGAUGAUAUGGAAACUCUUGUCAUGUCUUAUCUCUUACAUCAUGGCUAUACUUCAACAGCAAAUGCUUUGGUACAUGAUCAUACUACUUUGGCAUCCAGCAAUCCAGUUCAUUCUGAACCUGAUAUAUCUCAACGACAAGGCGACGACAUGAUGUUCCAACUCCAAUGUGGACAAUUUAUUGAAAUCAUGAGGGAAUAUAUGGCAUAUCGGAAACAACAACAACGAUCAUCAGAGCAUAGCGAAGUGACUAUUACGACGACUUUGGAAGAUGAAGAUACUAUUAUGGAUGACAAUAGUGACAAUAUUUCUUCUCAUUCUCCUUUGGUUGACACCUUAACAGCAACAAAUGACAACUCGUCACGACGAAAUGAUGGUGUGAGCUUGUUGAAAUCUGCUAUGGCUCUUGGACAACAAUUACAAGAAGAAUAUCGUUUGGAUAAACGAUCUUCUACCAAAGAAAGGCUAACGGAAAUAUUCUCUUUACUGGCAUAUCCUGAUGUGGAAAAUAGUCCAGCCGCACCUUUGUUGGAUUUGACAUGCCGUGAUCAACUAGCCACUCGAUUGAAUUCAGUGAUACUUGGUAAACCGUCUCAUUUUUUUAAAAAAAAAAAAAUAAUAAUAAUAAUAACUCUAUUCACUCUUUUAAUAGCAUCUCAAUCCCAAUCUACUGUAUCCUCAUUGGAACAUCUCUAUCGACAAGCAAUCGCAGUCAAUGCAUAUCUGGCUCUUGAAGGCAAUGGCGAGGCCAUCUUGUUGAAAAUGGAUUCUUUGGAUAAAAUGAGUCAACUUUGA